AUGAAGUCGACAAUUUCCACUGUACUUGUUACUGGAGCUUCUAGAGGUUUGGGAUUUGCAUUGAUUACGGUUGGUUUGGCUCAAGGUUAUAAUGUGGUUGCGUGUUCCCGUGCGCCCGAAUCCAUAAAUAUCGAGCACUCGAACUUGUUAAAGCUCAAAGUAAACGUGACGGAUAUUGAUUCUGUCGAACGCGCUUUCAAGAGUGCUCAAAGAAUAUUUGGAAAUAUAAACAUAGUAAUCAACAAUGCAGGAUAUGGACUUGCUGGCGAGUUUGAAUCGUACACCAUCGAGGAAAUGCAUCGACAAAUGGAUGUAAAUUUUUGGGGAGUGACAUAUGUUACUAAAGAAGCGUUAAAUUACAUGCGUGAAUCAGGAACAGGAGGACGAAUUUUACAAAUUUCGUCGGUCGCAGGAUACUACCCAUCUCCAUGUUUAAGCAUGUAUAAUGCCAGCAAAUUUGCUAUUGAAGGGCUCUCUCAAACAAUAAUGAGAGAAUUGGAUCAAAGUUGGAACAUCGCCAUAACAAUUGUGCAACCGGGUGGUAUGCAGACAGAGUGGGCUGCCUCUAAUAUGCAGUGGUCCAAAGCACAUCCUGCAUAUGAGAAUGAUCAAUCUUGGAGACCAUUUUGGAAAAACUACCAUGGGUCCGAGGAAACAGACCCGAAUAAAGCAGCGAAUUUGUUAUAUACCAUUGCUCAGCUCGACAAGCCGCCUCAAAAGCUUGUUCUAGGUUAUGAUUCCUUGGAGUUGAUUCGCAAGCAACAUCAGGAUAUUAAACAAGAGCUUGAGAAGAAUGUAGCUCUUAGUACAAGUGUAACAAGAGAUGAUUUUGACCCAGAUACAGUGGAAAUUUUGCGCCAAAAUCUUCAAUCCAUGUGA